GCCAGUAGCGGGGGGGACCCUGUGCGGAGAAGGGUUUUUUUAAUCGUGCCCCCCUCGUUUCACACUGGGGGGGGGAUCGGAGCGAGCCGCUGCAUCGCACGGAGCCUCCCCGCACGGCCGGGGGCGCGUCCUCCCCCCUUCCCCAGCCACAGGCCGGCUCCCAGGGAUGGCAAACUUCAGCUGCUCGGGCGCCUCGUCUCGCAAGGGCUUAAAGUACUGCUAGCAGAGAUCAGGGCAAAUGACAUAGGAUGACCCCUGCUGGUCCCCUCUUACUGUCUGUGAUAUCGUCUCUCUUGUGGCUAACGUGGGGCUUCGACCCAGCUCCCAGCGCCUGCUCAGCUCUGGCCUCCGGGGUUCUCUACGGCUCGUUCUCGCUCAAGGACCUCUUCCCCACCAUCGCCACCGGCUGCUCGUGGACCCUGGAGAACCCCGACCCCACCAAGUACUCCCUGUACCUCAAGUUCAACCGGGAGGAGCAGGUGUGCACCCACUUCUCCCCCAUGGUGCUGCCACUCGACCAUUACCUCGCCAACUACACCUGCGGCCCGCAGGGAGACGCGGGGCCGCCCCCCCGGGGCCAGGAGGACGGGGAGGAGGAAGGGGAGGCCCGAGUGGAGCUGUGCCAGGGUGCCAGCCCCAUCACCUUCCUGCACUUCGACAAGAACUUUGUGCAGCUGUGCCUGGCUGCCGAGCCCGAGGCCGCGCCCCGGCUGCUGGCCCCCGACGCCCUGGAGUUCCGCUUCGUGGAGGUGCUGCUCAUCAACAACAACAACUCCAGCCAGUUCACCUGCGGGGUGCUGUGCCGCUGGUUCGAGGAGUGUCUGCGGCUGGGGGAGCGGGGGGCGCGGCGCUGCGGCCUCACCCAGGCGGGCUGCAGCUGCCAGGCCGAGGUCCCGCCGGUGCCCCGGCAAAACGAGACGCUCUCCAACGCCCUGCCGCCAGCCGGCGCCCCGGCCGCCACGAGCAGCAGCCAGUGCUGCGUGACCGAGCUGCAUUCUGGGAAUGCGAAUGAUUUAUACGCGCCGGAGAUUAAAUACGGCGAGGAUGUGGAAGAGAAUCAGAAGGUGAAAACUCAGUGGCCGAGGUCGGCGGACGAACCCGGGGUUUAUAUGGCCCAGACAGGAGACCCCGCCGCGGAGGAGUGGUCCCAGUGGAGCGUCUGCUCCCUGACGUGUGGGCAGGGCUCCCAGGUGCGCACACGCUCCUGCGUCUCGUCUCCCUACGGGACGCUGUGCAGCGGGCUGCUGCGGGAGACGCGGAUAUGCAAUAACACCGCCACCUGCCCAGUGCACGGCCUGUGGGAGGAGUGGUCCCCGUGGAGUCUGUGCUCCGUGACCUGCGGGCGAGGGGCCAGGACGAGAACCCGGCAGUGCGUAGCCCCGCAGCACGGCGGGAAGGCCUGCGAGGGCCCCGAGGUGCAGACUAAGCCCUGCAAUAUCGCAAUCUGCCCUGUGGAAGGUCAGUGGCUGGAGUGGGGCUCGUGGAGCCGGUGCUCGGUGUCGUGUUCCAACGGGACCCAGCAGCGCACGCGCAAAUGCAGCGUCUCGGGCCACGGCUGGGCGGAGUGCAAAGGAGCCCACGCCGACGCCAGGGAGUGCACCAGCCCUGACUGCCCAAUCGACGGCAAGUGGGGCCCGUGGAACCACUGGAGCUUGUGCUCCAAGACGUGCGACACGGGCUGGCAGAGACGUUUCCGGAUGUGCCAGGGCACGGGCAUGCAAGGCUACCCGUGCGAGGGCUCCGGAGAGGAGGUCAAGACGUGCAAUGAGAAGAAGUGCCCAGCCUACCACGAAAUGUGCAAGGAUGAGUACGUCAUGCUGAUGACCUGGAAGAAGACGGCCGCUGGCGAGAUCAUCUACAACAAAUGCCCAUCCAACGCCACCGGCUCCGCCAGCCGCCGGUGCCUGCUGAACGCCCAGGGGGUGGCGUACUGGGGCGUGCCCAGCUUUGCCCGGUGCAUCUCCCACGAGUACAGAUACUUACAUCUCUCACUGCGGGAGCACCUGGCCAAGGGGCAGCGCAUGCUGGCGGGCGAGGGCAUGUCGCAGGUGGUGCGCAGCCUGCUGGAGCUGGUGGCCCGCAGGACGUACUACAGCGGGGACCUGCUCUUCUCAGUGGAGAUCCUGCGCAACGUCACCGACACCUUCAAGAGGGCCACCUACGUCCCCUCCUCCGAGGACGUGCAGCGCUUCUUCCAGGUGGUCAGCUACAUGGUGGACUCAGAGAACAGAGACAAGUGGGAGGACGCCCAGCAGGUGUCCCCCGGCUCCGUGCACCUCAUGAAGGUGGUGGAAGAUUUCAUCCACCUGGUGGGGGACGCGCUGAAGGCCUUCCAGAGCUCCCUCGUGGUUACCGACAACCUGGUGAUCAGCAUCCAGAGAGAGCCCGUCUCGGCCGUCUCCAGCGACAUCAACUUCCCCAUGAAGGGGCGCCGGGGCAUGAAGGACUGGGCCCGCCACUCGGAGGACAAGCUCUUCAUCCCCAAGUCGGUGCUGAGCCUCUCCUCCUCUGAAAUGGACGAGUCGUCGUACUUUGUGAUCGGGGCCAUCUUGUACCGCACGCUGGGGCUCAUCUUACCUCCUCCCAGGAGCCCCUUGGCCGUCACGUCCCGAGUGCUCACCGUGACCGUGCGCCCGCCGACCAAGCCCACGGAGCCCCUGAUCUCAGUGGAGCUGUCCCACAUGCUCAAUGGCACCUCACGCCCGCAGUGCGUCACCUGGGACUUCUCCAAAGCGGAUGCGGGCCCUGGAAACUGGGACACCGAGAGCUGCCAAACGCUGGAGACCCUCCCAGCUCACACCAAAUGCCUGUGUAGCCACCUGUCCACCUACGCCGUGCUCGCCCAGCUGCCCAAGGACCUGGCCAUGGACCCCUCCGGCACUCCCUCCGUCCCGCUCAUGAUCGGCUGUGCCGUCUCCUGUAUGGCCCUGCUGACCCUGCUGGUGAUCUACGCCACCUUCUGGAGGUUCAUCAAGUCAGAGCGCUCCAUCAUCCUGCUGAAUUUCUGCGUCUCCAUCCUGGCUUCCAAUGUGCUGAUCCUUGUGGGCCAGUCCCAUAUGCUCAGUAAGGGCGUGUGCACCAUGACAGCCGCAUUUCUGCAUUUCUUCUUCCUCUCGUCCUUCUGCUGGGUGCUGACCGAGGCCUGGCAGUCCUACCUGGCCGUGAUCGGCAGGAUCCGCACACGCCUGGUCAGGAAGCGCUUCCUGUGCCUAGGAUGGGGUUUGCCGGCCCUGGUGGUUGCAGUCUCUGUCGGCUUCACUCGGACCAAAGGCUACGGAACAGCCAGCUACUGCUGGCUCUCCCUGGAAGGCGGGUUGCUCUAUGCCUUCGUCGGCCCCGCUGCCGUCAUCGUGCUGGUGAACAUGCUCAUUGGGAUCAUUGUCUUCAACAAGCUCAUGUCUCGGGACGGCAUUUCAGAUAAGUCCAAAAAGCAGCGGGCCGGCUGGAAGCAGCCCGCCUGCGGCCGCCUGCUCCUGAAAUGCACCAAAUGCGGCGUGGUGUCCAGCACCGCCCUGACCUCUGCCACCGCCAGCAGCGCCAUGGCGUCGCUGUGGAGCUCCUGCGUGGUCCUGCCCCUGCUGGCGCUCACCUGGAUGUCGGCCGUGCUCGCCAUGACCGACCGGCGCUCCAUCCUCUUCCAGGUCCUCUUCGCCGUCUUCAACUCGGUGCAGGGCUUCGUCAUCAUCACCGUGCACUGCUUCCUGCGCCGCGAGGUGCAGGACGUCGUGAAGUGCCAGAUUGGGGUGUGCAAGAGUGACGAGAAUGAGAACUCGCCCGACUCCUGCAAGAACGGACAGGUGCAGAUCAUGACAGACUUUGAAAAGGACGUUGACCUGGCGUGUCAGACAGUCCUCUUCAAGGAGGUGAACGCGUGCAACCCCGCCACCAUCACGGGCACCUUGUCGCGCAUCUCCCUGGACGGCGACGAGGAUCCCAAGCUCCACCCCGGCUCCGAGGGAAGCCUGGGCUUCUCCAGCCUCCCGGGGAACAUCCCGCCCACCGGCAUCCUGGUGCAGGUGCCCACGCUGACGCACAAGGGCCUGAACGAACUCAGCGACCCACCCGCCAAGAAGGACGUCAACUUGGACAGCCGGGGGCCCGUCUACCUGUGCACGGACAGCAACCUGCAGCAGGCCGACUACGGCUGGAUGCGGGCGCCGGAGCCGGCGCUGGAGAGCGACUACAUGGUGCUGCCCCGCCGGACCGUGAGCCUCAAGCCCUUCGGCAGGGAGGAGGGCAGGCUCAACAUCAAGGUGGAUGAGGUGCCACGCGUGGGCAGGGGGCGCCGUGGGGCCGAGGCGGAGGCCUACCCCGGCUUUGUCUCGGUGGACCACAUCAAUGUGAACUUGAACCAGCCCUACGGGACGGUGAAGCACCCGUACGGCCUUCAGUUCAAGCAGCACCCCACGGUCCGGCAGAUCCUGGCCUCGGAGCUCACGGAGCGCAGCCGCACCAUGCCACGCACGGUGCCGGGCUCCGCCAUGAAAGUGGGGUCGCUCGAGAGGAAGCGGUUACGAUACUCAGAUCUGGAUUUCGAGAAAGUCAUGCACACGAGGAAGCGCCACUCCGAACUCUACCAUGAGCUGAACCAGAAAUUCCACACGAUGGAUCGGUACCGGGCACCUGCUACCAAUGCUGCCAAGAGAGAGAAGCGGUGGAGCGUCUCUUCCGGCGGCGGGGAGAAGAGCACAUCCAGCGAAGUCCCCAGGCCUGAGGAGCCGCAGCAGCAGAAGAGCUGGAGCACCUUCAAGGCCAUGACGCUCAGCUCCCUGCCCCCCAAGCGGCGGGAGAAGCUGGAGCUGCACUGCGCCAACUGGGAGCCCCCGUGCAUGAACCUGGACGUGUCAGAGGGGGAUUUCCAGACGGAGGUGUGAGCCGGGGGGAGCUGGACCCGGCCCGGCCCGGGCAGCCCCACGCUGCAGAAGGGAAAAGCAAACAAAAGGACAAUCGGAUUUUGUUUCCCUUUUGUGGGGGGGUUUGUUUUCCUCAUUCGGCCAUCGGACUCUGCUCCCCCUGCCAGGGGGGCCGGUGCCCUCCCCGGCGCACCAUCCUCCUUUCGCCUUUUGUUGUGGGCUUUCUUUUCUUCUCUUCCCUUCCGACGUCGUCACCGCCGGGCCGCACGCACCCCUGGAGCCACCCCCCCACGCCCGCGGAUGUAGGGUCACGCACCCCCGGACACGCGCACGCCUGCCGGCCUCCCGCCAGCCCCGCGCUCGGCGUGUGUGCGGCGUGUCCUGCCGUGGGGGCUGGGGGGCCGGCCUGGAACUCUUUUGUACCUGGGCAUCUCUUCACGCAGUGCACCGUGUGCACCUGGGAACGACGCCCAUCGCCGCAGCCCCACCC